ACGUUUAUUCCGCGAGAUUAACAUUUUUGAUUUAACCCGAUAAGCCUUCGCUCCGUGGGCUGAGUGAAUGCAACUUGACGAACGCGACCGAAAGCACACGAGUCGUUUCCACGAAGGCUAUCGCAUUCUGAGCGAAAACAGCUUCAGUUUAUUUCAGACAGCACACAACGAGGACGUGUUGCUCUUCUUUGUAAAUUUGUUAUGUGUAUUAUAAAUUAUAAACAGUGAAAUGCCUACAGAUAUUAUGUCAAGCUGUCGCACCGAGCACUUCGGACAAGGUUUCAGUAAGAAAACUUGCGAUGCGGAAGUGAAAUCGGGUUUUUUGGUGCUAUUAGGACCCGACGGGAUGAGACAAGACGUGCGCGUGGUCGUAUACAGAACAUCCCUGGAGCACUUUGCUGUUAUAUACCCGAGGAAACGUCUCUCAAAACCGAUCGGGGUUGUUAACUUGAGAAACACAGCUGUCGAGAGAGUUGAUACGAAUUGUGGUUUUUUUGUCAGACAAAGAGGAUAUGAUAACACAAUAUCUGCAAAGUUUCUGUGCUCGGAGCGGGAUAUUGAAGCCUGGCUGUCCGCUUUCUCGACGUCUUCUCAGACAUGUCAGCAUGCGACCAGUCUGCCUGUCCUAGUCGAGACUGAGGAGAGCUAAGCCAUCGAUCCGUUUCGGUUCCUGUGUUUUCCGUUCGUCCGAUGUCUCGUGAGAAACGCCGAACGAGGUUAUGUUUGUUUUGCAAUCUGAUGCGAAAGUGAAAGCAGUUUUUUACGAAUGUACGAAAGUUAAGUAUCCAUCAUUGCACCUACAUGCCAGCCGGAGCUUGAAGUUCCGCGAAUCUUAAACUUAAUGAGAAAGUAAAUGUUACCAGUUUUUUUUUUAUAAUUAGCUAACUGACAUCAAAUCAAUUUCGUUUGAAUUUCAUUCUUUCGUUCGAUAUUUGAAAAGUGAAUUGCAUUACAGAAUACCGUUAUAAAAUUAUUUAAAUAUUUGAAAUGUUCCUCUUUUAACAAUAAGUAUUUGUUUUAUUUUAUUAUCAAUAACUAAUUUUGAAAUGCCAAUGUAAUAAAUAAUAAUGCCAAUGUAAUGCCAAGAGCUUGUAUGAAGGUUAAAUAAAAAAGAAAAAAAUAUAAUAAUAUGAAAAACACGGCGGCGAGAGAUGAGUUCGGUAAAACGUAUUUUGUUCAAUUAUUAAUAAUUAUAAUACAUAAGAAAUAUACCUUAUGAAUAGCUUGAGUUAUCUAUAGUGGGUACCGAGCAUAAUUUUGUGAGAGUAAAAUUAAAAUAAAGUUAAUUAGAACAUAUGUUAAUUAUCGACGUGCAGAACAUUUGUAUGCUUUUUGUACCCCUUUAUAAAAGAUAAUGACUAUCGACUAUCGAUGUUUCCGUUAGAAUAUCGAUAGUUUCAAAAGACAUUUUGAUAAAAAGUUUUGUUAUAUACUUAUGUAUUAUAAUUUUUUAAUCUAUGUAUUAAAAUU